UUAAUGCACAUUUAAGUCGAAUAAUCAUUUUUAUACGCGAUUCGCUGUUCGAUGAAUCAACACGUACUUUUAAAUUGCCGCUGUUGUUGUUUUGAAAUGUGUUAGUAAAACAUUUACGUGAAAAUGUCAGUUUUAUUAGAAAAUGUGACCAAUAGUGUAUGUUUAGCCUUCAAAGCGCUACAACAGGAUAAGAGUGGAUUUGUUAACAAGUCUAAAUUAAAGGUUCUAACAGCAAACAUAGGUACGCUUCUAGACCUUUACGGUGUAGAACGGGGCUUAGAACACUACAAAAGCACUGUAACCUUAAGUUUUGAUGACUACAAAUUCUAUCUCCAAAAUGAGGUGUUUGCCUCCUUUCCAGCCAAGCUUCCUUUAGACGAUCUGAGAGACUACGAAAGCCGAAUCGCAGAGGUCUGCUGGUUGGUCUGUAGAAAAAGAUACCUACAGAGAGACAAUAAAGUGUUCACCGACGAGUCCGUGUUUCAAUUAUACCGAAUAUUUUGCGUUUUAGCAGAAUUGCUUCCAGAUACUCAAGUAGAACAUAGUUACAAGUUACUACUUCACCCAUUAGAGGUUUGUAAUAUUGCUCAUACCAUAGCAAGUUCCUUAGGCUGCAUUUUUGAUGAAGAAGACUUUAUUAAUUUAAGCAUUUCCAUGGGCAAUGUCCGACUGAUUCCAUUCAUAGCGGUAUUAGAAUCUCGAUGUUUAACAGGGAUAAAAGACAAAAAAGCCAUCGCAGAAGCAGUUACCGAUGUUUACCAAAAAAUUGUCGAAGACGUUCUUAAGAAAGGCUAUCUUGCCAAACGAGGGUAUAUUUUCCCCUCUAUGAGAGAAUUUUGGUUUGUACUGAGGCCAUCAGAACUAACAUACUUCAAAAAUAGAUCUGAAAAAGAGAAAUGCGGAUCUAUUAGUAUAGAAGUAGGUAGUAGGGUGGAAGCUAAAGCUGGUUUUAAAAUUAUACUGCAUACACCUGAAAGAAAUUUUGAACUUGGUGCUCCAGAUCAUAUGACAAGGUUACAAUGGAUAUCAGCCUUACAAUUGGCUGCAGACCAUUCGGGUGCUCAACAAACUUAUCAAAGACUACAAGCAGCCAAAAGGCGAAUACACCGACGAGGCCGUCUACAAGAAAUAGUACAAGCGAAAUCCCAAUUACAACAAGAAAGAAGUGCAAGACAGGCAGCCGAAGGUCAGGCCAAAGAGCUAGAGGAACUAGUAAAAGAAGACUCGAAAAAAUUAGGCGAACUGGCGGAAGUCAAAGUGAAGUUGGAAAAACUACUGGAAGAAGAAACCCAGGCGAAAAGAGAUGAGGAAAUCGUGAGGGCAUUACAAGCGAGAGUUCUGGCGGAAGAGUGGGAGAAAAGAGAGGAGCUAGAAAGACUACAAGAGGAACAGAAGUUAUUGCUAGACGAAGAGCGACUAAAGAGGAAGGAGUAUGAAGAUAGGCAGCGAGAGAAAGAGGAGCAGUUACGAAGUGCAGAAGAACGUUUAGCUCAACUAGAAAAUGAAAGACAAGCAUUAGACGAAGAAUUAAAGCAAGCCCGACAAAAAAUUGUGUUAUCUGAAGGAAAAAAGGACUUUUUGGAAGCGAAAUUGUAUCAAUACGCUCCAGUAUUGAGAGAAGGUGAUAGAGUAAGAAGAACCCAUUCGUUUAUGCCUAGUACAAAAGAGAGACCGGUUCUAUUAGAAGUGCGUGCUGCUACUUUGAGAAGACCUACUAAAAAUUAAAGCUGAAUAGCGUGAUAUUUUUUCGUUUAAUGCAAUAUUUAAUUCAUUACCCUAAUAGUUAACAAACAUAAGUGUGUUUUAUUGUUAAAUUACCUAAAUAAAACUGUAUAACUCAAA